CGGCUGCUGCACGUGUGACUUGAUUUGAACCAAAUGUUUGUUGUUUAAAACUUGAUAAUAUUAUUACUUUGUUAAUACUAUUAAUAAAGUAAAAAUGGGCAAGAAAGUUCACAAUGCCAAGGCGCGGCAGAAUCCGCAGACUCUAAUUGACAACUCGGCGGUAAAGAAGAUUCACAUCGAUGUGGAGGCAGUGGCUGGUGGAAGUCAGACGGGGUACGAUGAGGCUAACGCCUUGGUCCUUCCUUCUGAGAAGCGGGCCACCAAAAUCAAAGUGGAUAAGGUGCAGCACACGAAGAUUCUCACUAAGAAGCAGCGCAAGCAUCUGCAGGCCAUUGUGGACAAGAAAAAGAAAAAGGAGGGCCGCGCUCAACUUUUAGACAAUUUGGCCGCCGUUCAAAUCCCUGAGGCGGAGUUACAGCAAUACACAUCCAUCAGCCAAGUGCAAACGGUGGGCCUAAAGCGUUUACCCACUCUCGACGAGUAUCUGGCCAAAAAGAAGGAGCGUCAAGUUCAAGUUCUGGCAGAAAAGAGUUCUGGCUCAGGUCCCCGUGUGAAUGCCAUCAAAGGUUCCAAACGCAAGUUGCUCGCGGAAGAGGAAGACGAACUGGAGGCCAAGCGCAAGAAUCCGAAUGUGGUCAGCUUGGAGGAAGACGAUGACGGGGACGAUGACGAGGACUCCUCGGAUGACGAGCCACCAAUUCAACCCGCUCCCGCUGCCAUACCUGCACCAAUUACUGUUGCUCAACCCAAAGUCGAAGUGGAACAGCCCAAGCAAAAGCAAAAGCCGCAGCCCACUCCACCCGCGUGCAUUCAUCAAACCGUCUACGUACCUGUGCACCGCUCACCGGAGGUCCAAGAGUCCCGUCUCCGCCUGCCGAUCCUCGCUGAGGAGCAGCAGGUCAUGGAAACAAUCAACGAGAAUCCCAUUGUGAUCGUGGCCGGUGAAACUGGCUCCGGAAAGACCACCCAGUUGCCGCAGUUCCUCUACGAGGCGGGCUACGCCCAACACAAAAUGAUCGGUGUGACGGAGCCGCGUCGAGUGGCUGCAAUUGCCAUGUCCAAGCGCGUGGCUCACGAGAUGAAUCUGCCGGAGAGCGAAGUGUCCUACCUUAUUCGGUUUGAGGGAAACGUGACCCCGGCCACGCGCAUCAAAUUCAUGACCGAUGGUGUGCUGCUCAAGGAGAUCGAAACCGACUUCCUGCUCAGCAAGUACUCGGUGAUCAUCCUGGACGAAGCUCACGAACGAAGCGUCUACACAGAUAUAUUGGUGGGCCUGCUCUCGAGGAUUGUCCCCUUGCGACACAAACGUGGCCAACCGCUGAAGUUGAUUAUUAUGUCCGCCACAUUGCGGGUAACCGAUUUUACAGAGAAUACACGUUUAUUUAAGGUUCCACCACCAUUGCUCAAAGUAGAGGCGCGUCAGUUUCCGGUUACCAUUCAUUUCCAGAAGCGCACGCCCGACGACUACGUGGCGGAGGCCUAUCGCAAGACGCUGAAGAUCCACAACCAGCUGCCAGAGGGUGGCAUCUUGAUAUUUGUCACCGGCCAGCAAGAAGUCAAUCAACUGGUUCGCAAGCUGCGACGCAUGUUUCCAUAUCGCCCGCCAGCCAAGGAGUCGGCGGAGACGGUUAAGGAGGUGCAGGCUGAGAAGGAGGAAACAAAGCAGGAUGAAACAGAAACCACGCAGGAUCCCAAGGAGCUGGAGUUCGACAUGAAGCGUGUGAUCCGCAACAUCCGCAAGUCCAAAAAGAAGUUCCUGGCCCAGAUCGCUCUGCCCAAAAUCAAUCUGGACGACUACAAACUGCCAGGCGAUGACACCGAAGCCGACAUGCACGAGCAGCAGGAUGGGGACGAGGGCUUGGAUGACGAGGAGGAGCAAGAAGACGACGAGGAAAUGGGCCUGGAAGGCGAGUCGGAUAUGGCCUCUGGCCAAAGACAACCCCUCUGGGUCCUGCCCCUCUACUCGCUGCUCUCCUCGGAGAAGCAGAACCGCAUCUUUCAACCUGUUCCCGAAGGCUGUCGCCUGUGCGUGGUCAGCACCAAUGUGGCCGAAACCUCGCUCACCAUUCCGCACAUCAAAUACGUGGUAGACUGCGGUCGCCAGAAGACCCGGCUCUACGACAAACUGACCGGUGUGAGCGCCUUUGUGGUGACCUACACGUCCAAGGCUUCGGCGGAUCAGCGAGCUGGACGAGCGGGUCGCAUCAGUGCCGGCCAUUGCUAUCGCCUCUACUCUAGUGCCGUGUACAAUGACUGCUUCGAGGACUUCUCGCAGCCGGACAUCCAGAAGAAGCCCGUCGAGGAUCUGAUGCUGCAGAUGCGCUGCAUGGGCAUCGAUCGCGUGGUGCACUUCCCCUUUCCCUCACCGCCGGAUCAGGUGCAGCUGCAGGCCGCCGAGCAUCGCCUGACCGUACUGGGUGCCCUCGAGGCCAGCGCCAACAAGUCGGAGAAAACUGACUUACCCCCGGCCGUCACACGUUUGGGCCACGUGAUCUCCCGGUUUCCGGUGGCCCCGCGUUUUGGCAAGAUGCUGGCCCUGUCCCACCAGCAAAACCUGCUGCCCUACACAGUCUGCCUGGUGGCCGCUCUCUCCGUCCAGGAAGUGCUCAUCGAGACGGGGGUGCAGAGGGACGAGGAUGUGGCGCCCGGGGCGAAUCGAUUCCAUCGGAAACGCCAGAGCUGGGCGGCCAGUGGCAACUACCAGCUGCUCGGCGAUCCCAUGGUCUUGCUGCGCGCCGUGGGAGCAGCGGAAUACGCCGGGUCACAGGGCCGCUUGCCGGAGUUUUGUGCCACGAAUGGGUUGCGACAGAAGGCGGUGAGCGAGGUGCGCAAGCUGCGCGUCCAGCUGACCAACGAGAUCAAUCUGAAUGUGAGCGAUGUGGAGCUGGGCGUGGAUCCCGAACUGAAGCCACCCACGGACGCCCAGGCGCGGUUUCUGCGGCAAAUUCUAUUGGCCGGCAUGGGCGACCGGGUGGCCAGGAAGGUGCCGCUCGCCGACAUUGCCGACAAGGAGGAACGGAGACGGCUUAAGUACGCCUAUCACUGCGCCGACAUGGAGGAGCCGGCUUUCCUGCACGUGUCCUCGGUGUUGCGCCAAAAGGCACCCGAGUGGGUCAUCUACCAGGAGGCGUACGAGCUGCAGAACGGUGACUCCACGAAGAUGUUCAUCCGCGGCAUCACUGCCAUCGAACCGGAGUGGCUGCUUCUGUAUGCUCCCUUGCUUUGCAACAUCCGUGAAGUGCGCGAAGAUCCCGCGCCCAGGUUUGAUAAGGCUUCUGGGAAGAUAUAUUGCCACGUGGAUGCCACGUUCGGCAAGUCGGGAUGGGAGCUGCCGCUCGGCGAGGUUGAAAUGCCGCUCAGCGAGAAGGCCUGCUGUUACUUUGGCAUGUUCCUGCUGGAGGGACAAGUAUGCUCCAAGCUGGCUGAUUUUCGCGGCAAACUGAAGUCCACGCCCGCCUCCGUAAUUAAGAGCUGGUCCAGCAUGAACGACAAGGUGCUGCGCUUCAAGCGAGCUCUCAUCACCAAGCAGAUCCACAGUCGCCAGGCACUGCUCGACCAGUGGACACGCGAUCCGCACUUCCUUUUGGAGGAGUACCAGAACUUGCUCUACGACGUGGCCCUCAGCGAAUUGAGUCCCUUGUGGCCACCAGUUGAUAAGGAUAAGAAGUAACCAGAACUCCAAACAAACAAAUCUAGUGAAACAGCGGGGUCAACUCUUUUUUGUAUAACAAGUUUCAUUUAUUAUUUAUUUAAUUGAUAUAUAUUUAUAUAAUUCUUUAUGUAUAAUAUAAAUAUGAAAUUUGUUUUAAAUGGAACUAAAAAAUGGAGUGGAUUGAGGGGGAAUAAAAAUGUUUUUGUUAACAGCUAAGUUUCGAUAAAUGUUUAAUACAAUCCAUAUAUGUACAUAGAAAUAAUCAAUAUUCAUUGUAUUUUGUAUUUGUUUAGUUUGUUUGUUGUCUGUUGGUUUUCUCUCUUGGUUAUUCAUCGUAAGUUUAAUACAAUCCAUCUGCUGUUGGUGAGAAAUUAGCAUUAC